ACCUACAGAUUCACCUUUGACCGGGUGUACAGCCCAGACUCUGACCAGGCAGAGGUGUAUGAACACAGCGCCAAGCGCACUGUGCUGUCAACCCUCCAGGGUUACAACGCGGCCAUCAUUGCCUAUGGGCAGACGGGCACAGGGAAGACAUACACCAUGGAGGGAGCGCAGCAUGGCCCUGAGAGGGGCAUCAUUCCACGCGCAGUGGAGGAUGUCUUUGCCUACAUCGAGAACGACACUGCCCCGGGCAGCAAGUACCUCGUCCGCGCGUCCUACCUGCAGAUCUACAACGAGGUGAUAUCGGAUCUGCUCAAGCCGGAGCGGCAGAACCUGACCAUCAAGGAGGACCGGAAACGGGGGGUCUUUGUGGACGGCCUCUCAGAGUGGGUUGUGAGGUCUCCACAGGAGGUGUAUGGGUUGAUAGAGCGGGGGGCGAUGCAACGAGCGACGGGCACAACAAAGCUGAACGAGCUGAGUAGUCGCAGCCAUGCGGUGUUCAUCAUUAUCGUUGAGAAGUCCACCGUGCCAUCAGAGGAGGCCCAUGCCAAUGGCGAAGAGAUGGAGCAGUUCAGAGGGGUUGCGCCAGAGGCCACCCACUGCGUCAAGGUGGGCAAGCUCAACCUGGUCGACCUGGCCGGCUCAGAGCGCGUCCACAUCACUGGUGCUACUGGCAAGCGGCUGGAGGAGAGCAAGAAGAUCAACCAGAGCCUGAGCGCGCUUGGCAAUGUGAUAGCGGCGCUGACAGAUGCUCGGGGUGCACGCGCACACAUCCCCUACCGGGACUCGAAGCUGACGCGCAUCCUGGAGGACUCUCUGGGCGGCAACUGCAAGACCACCAUGAUGGCCACCGUCUCCCCCGCCCUCGAAGCCUUCCCAGAGACGGUGAGCACGCUGAAGUUUGCGCACCGGGCCAAGGCGGUGCGCAACGCGGCCCACGUGAACGAGGACGGCGACAGCCGCACGCUGCUGCGCAAGUACGAGGCCGAGCUGCGCAAGCUGCGCGCCGAACUGCAGCUGCGCCAACGCGAGGUCGUCGACAAACGCCACCUCCUCGCGGUACAACGCUGUUCCCUCCUCGCCUCCCCACUGCCUGCAUUGGCGCAGCUGUCCCUUCCUGUGUGGUCUGUGGCUCAGUCCCUGUACAUGGCGCAGUAG